UUUAACUAGUUUUCCUGAUCUUCACCAGCUACGGGAGUUUCCUCCUGCGAGCGGCCCGAAAACAGAGAAAUCCGACGCCAGGUGAACAUACCUGGGAAUGAGGAAAGCCAGCAGCCAGGUGUGUUAAACAUGGCGGGGAGGAGUAACGUUACAGAGCCUGGCUCGACCGCUGGAAGCUGAACAAAGACGCUGCUGAUUACCGCAUCCGAAGAGCGGAAGUUGUUGAACGAAAACAGUCGGAGGGACCGAGACGGUGUUCAUUUAUUGCCUUGUGCAGCGUGGACAGAAGACUUGUCGGAGUUUAGGAGUUUGGAUAAUUCAGAAAGCACCUCUGGAGACAGGUGCUAUGAGCAGUGAGCUGAACGUGCCGAUGGGUUCUCCAGCCCCAGGGGUCUCAGAGCGGGCUCCUGACUGCGGGGGGAUGGACUACAGGGACUGGGUGCGACGCAGUUACCUGGAGCUGGUCAGCUCCAACCACCACUCCGUGCAGGCCCUGUCCUGGAGGAAACUCUACCUGAGCCGGGCCAAGCUGAAGGCCUCCAGCAGGACGUCUGCUCUGCUCUCCGGCUUCGCAAUGGUGGCCAUGGUGGAGGUGCAGCUGGAGAUGCAGUACAGUUACCCCCCUGUGCUCCUCAUUGCCUUCAGUGUGUGCACCACUGUGCUGGUGGCGGUGCACCUCUUCGCUCUGCUGAUCAGCACCUGCAUCCUGCCCAACGUGGAGGCCGUCAGCAAUAUCCACAACCUCAACUCCGUCAGCGAGUCACCGCACGAGCGCAUGCACCACUACAUCGAGCUGGCGUGGGGCUUUUCCACAGCGCUGGGCAUUCUGCUGUUUCUAGCAGAGGUGGUGCUCCUCUGCUGGAUCAAGUUCCUGCCCGUAGACUGCAGCGGGGCCAAAAAACCAAGCGCCUGUAGCCCCGCAGAGAAGCCGGCGUCAGCCUCAUCUGAGUCGCAGGAGAGUGGCUGGAAGGCCGCGCUGGCCUCCACCAUCAUCAUGGUCCCAGUGGGGGUGAUUUUUGUGUUGUUCACCAUUCACUUCUAUCGCUCUCUGGUGCGCCACAAGACGGAGCGCCACCACCAGGAGAUCGAGGAACUGCACAAGAUUAAGGUACAGCUAGACGGCCAAGAGAGGGGCCUCCAGACUGUGUGAUACCAUGCCUGCAGCUUUAAGGACUUCUCUUUGUGUCUCAUAUUUAUCUCUUCUCUGACAUCUGUUCUGGUUCUUGUUGAUGCCUUACUGGGACUCGUAGACAGCGAGCUUUAAAGCUCCUCACUCUGCAGCACAGACAGCCCACACAUGUCAGACUGCUAAUUUAUUCUUAAGGUAAAGUUGCGUUGUGCAGUGCCAUGUCUGUGUUUUAAAUCUAUUUUAUGUUUAGGUAAAGGAUGUAAAAAGGUUUACAGAAAAAGGGCUACUAUGUUCUGUGUGCCAUUUUUGUGCCAUGUCUGUUUUUAUUGUAGGGUUCGGUGACAGUAACUGGUUCCAUUCGAAUCUGGUACCCUCAUUCACUCUGACGUCAGGUUUACACUGGACGCUGAAGUGCUACAAAGCACGAUGAUUUUCCGUGGACCAGUGCACGCUUUCUUUGGCGCUCAUGUCAGAAUGGACCCCGAGGUCUGCAGCCGGCUUGCAAUCCGAGCGAUAGUUCCGGUGUCUGGUCUGAUUUUUCCGUGAGUAAAUCUGGCAAGAAAACAUAGACCACCGCUGUAAAAGAGAUGUUGAUAAAACUGUUGACAGGACACCUCCAACUGCAAACAAGGCCACUUAUGACUCUUUCUAUUCUGAAUUUUUGAGCCAUGGAGGUUAUAUGUUUGUAAAACUUUCCUCAAGCCGAGAAAAACUGUUUUAAAAAUCUGUGACGUCAUCACAAUGCAAAGUGUAAGAGCCGAGUGGGGCCAGCAGGAGAAACACUUCUGCUCAUAUUCAGUGAGCCGCCUACCGGGGAAGUAAACCUGGAAGCUAUAAAAAAAUUUUGGUGUAUGCACCAGGCGUGCAGCUCCAUUGGAAUAAAGUGGCUCCAUCUUGCCUUCAAGUCAUCCUAAAAUAUGCCUGGAAAUGUCCAUCAUGGAGGAGAAGCUCCUUGACCAACUGGUGGUACUCCCCAUGAUCCAGCAUCCUUUUUAGGGUCUCAUGUACCCACACAGAUCGCUCUUUAU